UAUAGUCUGAAUCUGACUGCGUAGCUAAGUGAAAGUGUUACGUCUACAGUCACGUCGUUCGUCAAACGUCAGUGAUCGGUCUAAAUCUGUCAGAAUCGGGAUUGGGAAACAGUUUUUGGUGUCGUGUAUUUAGUGUUUUACGAAUUAGGUUAUCACCGGAAAAAUGGUUAAGCCCGCAAUUGGGAGAAAAACUAACAAAAACCCACCAAUUUUAAGCCAUGAAUUUGUAAUACAGAACCAUGCUGAUAUAGUAUCAUGUGUCGUUAUGGUAUUCCUGGUCGGGCUUAUGGUGCAGUCUACAAGCCCAAUAGCAGGUCUCUUCAUUAGUUUACACCAUAAUGUCAGUGGUGUUGAACCAACCAGAGAAGCUCCCAAAGGCGAACCAUUUUUAUAUGAAUCGGGAUGGAAAGAUGGAUGUGCAGUUUUCUUUUAUUCACUUGUAUGCAUUGUAAUGCAUGCAAUAAUUCAAGAAUACUUUCUGGAUAAAAUAUCAAAGAAAUUUCAUUUGUCAAAAUCAAGGCUGAGUGCACUAAAUGAAUCUGGACAGUUGGUUGUGUUCCAAUUGAUGACUCUAGUAUGGGGUGGUGAUGCUAUCUUAAGAGAAGGAUUUCUGUUUAACAUCCCUCAGUUAUGGGAUGGAUAUCCUAAUCACCCAAUGACAUUUUUACUGAAGCUGUGGUGGGUUGUCCAAGCUGCAUACUGGAUCCACACCAUUCCUGAAUUGUAUUUCCAGAGAGUGAAAAAAGAUGAGUGGGCAGGUCGCAUAAGACAAGCAAUUGUUGCUUUCACUUUUGUUGCAUUGGCAUACUCUUUCAAGUUCCAACGUGUUGGAGUUGCCCUGAUAGUUCUUCAUUCGCUUGCUGAGUUUAUUGCUCACUCCUACCGCCUCAAUACUAUCCUCAGGGGUGAACGAGAAGACUAUUUAGACAAGUUUUUGGAACUAGUCAACGGCGCAGUGUUCGUAUCAGUAAGACUGUGCUCGUUGGUACUUGGUGUGCUUACUUUCUACUUUGGACUUGCUGGAGCCGCGCCACUUCUCGUACGUGUUGCAGCACUCUCCAUUCUUGUCUCUUUUCAGGUGUAUCUGAUGUUCAACUUCAUCUCUGAAACGAUGAAGCAACGCCAAGAAGCACGCCAAUUGGCUCAGAGCAAACCCAAGAAGGAGAGGAAAGAGAAGCCCAAAAAGGAAAAAGUAAAGAAAGUCCAAAAUGAAGAAUCUGAUCUUCCCGAAGUUGACCAGAACACCAACAAGACGUUACGGCAGCGUCCAAUUGCCGCCAAGAAGUAAACAUCACUUAGAAAUCGAUGUGAGCACCUUAUUUAUGACAAAUUUGUUUUAUACUAUAUUUUAUUAAUGUUAAAUAUUUUAAAUUAUAUACUUGCUCACGUCGUUGAAUUGGUUGUAUUUCCAAGCUGGCCCUAGUAACUACAUACUUGUAUGUUGCGAUGUCAAUGGCAAUUUUAGUAAUAAAUUAAAACAUCGGGCCUGCCAUGUCUAAGCACAAAUUUAGCAUUUCUGUUAAUUCCAUUAUAUGUAUGACGAAACAAAGUUAUUAUUUGAGAUUCUAUGCAUGACAAUGCCCAAUUGUGAAUGUCUCGACUUGCAAUCUUAUAACAUCAUUCAUUAUGUAUAGAGGAUACAGGGUUGUAAAAAUAUCUCUUAAAUUGUAAAACAAACUAAAUAGGUUAAAAUUGCAUUUUAAUAACAUAAGUGACAAUAAAUAAAAAAACAAUGUGUUUUCAACUUUGUUUUUUUUAAGGUUUUCGUACGAUGGGCCUUUUUUGCCGAUCUAUCUAACCCGACAGAAUGCUAGAAACUCUUGUUCCAAAGCAAAAUGUUGCUUCUUGUUAUCAGUUUUAACAAACUUGGAGAUCGUAAGCCAAAGGACGAGAUUUAAAUAUCAUUAAAAUCAAUUUGUCAAAUGAUGCCAUGCCACUUAUGUUUUUAACGUGCGAAACGUUGUUUAUAAAGUAUCGAUAAGUGUACCUAAUACGAGAAAUUCCAUUGAAUGAUUUUGCAUGUUUUAUCGAAUUCCAAUAAAUUGUUUUAAAUUA